CCUCAACGUCCCACCAAAGCCCAGCCCACGUGGGUAUGAGACUGGUUCGAGACCAGUGACGACAUCUUCAUCGCCUUGUCUAUCCACCCAUCCCAGACUCACGACUCACGACUCACCCAUGAGCUCACGGCUGACCGUCGAGCACAUCACAUCACCCAAGCGCACCCCCCACCUGAAUCGUCUCAAGGAUGGCGCCCACCGAAGCCGAGAAGGAGCCCCAGGGCAAGGGCAAGGACAAGUCGGUCAAAGAAGACGAAAUCGAGGAAGCAGCAGCCCAGGAGAGGUUCUCACCUGAAGAAGAGGCGUCCCUCCUGGCCGAGUCCAACACAAACAAGACCGAGGCCAACGCCCUCUUCUCCUCGUCAAAGUACGAGCAGGCCAUCGCCAAGUAUGACGACGCCGUCGCCGCAUGCCCUAACUACCUCGACUAUGAGCUCGCCGUCCUGCGCUCCAACAUCUCGGCCUGCCACCUCAAGCUCGAGCAGUGGAAGGACGCCGUCUCGAGCGCCUCUGCCGCCCUCGACGCCCUCGACCGCGUCGACAAGGAGGCGGCGCUCGAGCAGGACCGCCGCGACAGGGAGAAGGCCGCCGACGAGGACGUCGAGGACGAGAUCGUCAGCUCCGGCGCCGCCGCCGCCGCGCCCGCACCGCCUCCCGAGGACGACCCAGAGGAGACCGCGCGCCGCGCGCGUGGGGAGGACGUCCUGCGGAUCCGCGCCAAGGCCCUCAUGCGCAGGGCGCGCGCGCGGAGCGAGCAGGGCGGCUGGCAGAACCUCGCCGGCGCCGAGGAGGACUACAAGACGCUGUCUUUGAUGAAUAACCUCGCGCCCGCCGACCGCCGGAUCGUGCAGGCCCAGCUGCGCGCGCUGCCGCCCCGGACCAAGGCCGCGCAGGAGGCUGAGACGGCCGAGAUGUGGGGGAAGCUGAAAGACCUGGGCAACGGCAUCCUCAAACCCUUUGGUCUGAGCACGGACAACUUCCAGAUGGUCAAGGACGAGAAGACGGGGGGCUAUUCGAUGAACUUCAACCAGGGGCAAUGAUGGGUGCUCAUCUGAAGACGUCCACCCAACUCCUCGUGCCCGGCGCUGCGGAAGUGGAACGAUGGCAUCGUACUGAGGGAGGAGCCAUACGCAUAAACUAAUGAGGACAUCAAAUACCCAUGCAAUGAAAGUCUAUUCACAUCUAGA